AUCGUGUUGCAUAGGGGUUGUUGGUUUCUUACUUAACAGUUUAUCUCCUUAGUCGACCUCAUCCAUAUGCACAUACAUUCGUCCAUCCAUGCUACAUAUGUCCACAUACCUACCGAAAUCAUGGAAUGAUGCUGCACAACUCGUCGUAUUACAUACGGACGGAUAACUCACGAAAGGAAACCUUAAGUCAACUUUCGUACGUAUUCCACACCACACAUUCUUCCCAGCAGCGUCUUAUGGGUUCUUCUUCUCGCAGCAAUAUCUUGGUCGUCGUCUUGGCCGAAAAUGUGUAUAUAUUUAUACGGAUGGAACAGGGGUGAAUGAGACUCAUUCAUUAAACAGGGUUCCCUGCUAUCACAACCAUCUCCUCCUCGUCGUCGUCUUUCUCACUUAUCAUCACCACCACCAGAGCCAAACCUAGAACAUUUUUCUCCAUCUCAUACUUAUCUCCACGUACUUAUCGUCGUCAUUUUAUACUCACUCACAAACAUACGUACGUACACCUUUGACUCAAAAGCAAGAUCAUCGAGACUCAAAAUUUAAUUCACAGAGAGAGACCAACUUGAUUGAAUAUCAAAGAGAAAAAAAAAUAUUAAACGAUCCAGUGACUGACAUGAAGAAGAUAAGUACUUAUGUACAUAUAUAAACUUCGUGCUAUAUCGUAUACACACUAUAAUAAAUAAUAAUAAAAACACUUACUACGACAAAUCAAAGAGAAUCAUCGUCUUAUUAAGUAAUUUGAUGAUUCCUCCAAUAUUUUUUUCUAAAUAUAAUAAACUUGAUCUCUCGUAUGUUCACCUCGUCGUAUAUAAGUAAUCAUCAUUUAACUAACACUAGUUUUUUGAGGGAUACAUAAUACGAAAUAAAAUACCGAGGAGAAAGUUAUCUCCGUUUUUUUUCUUCAUCUUCAUCUUUAUCAAUGAGCUUAAGCUGCUGAAUAAAAGUGUAUUUACAUUUGGAUUUACUUAAUGCAGUGUAAUUUGACUCGUGUGAUAAUCUAUCCUCAUUCUCAAUUGAUUCGACUAUAGUGCGCUCCUUCUUCUUCUUGAGAGAGAGUCACGUUCCAACGACUUCUUUUGCGUCAAAAAUUGAGACAAAGAUUGCGAUUGUAUUCGUAUAUUCGCUUGACACAAGUGAGUGAGUGAGACAACGUUCGCCUUGUUAACCUGUCCACGCGAGGACUGGAUAAUUAAGAUAACUGACCUUUGUGAAUAAGACGAAAGUGAAAAUCUGAUUAAUUGUGGGAUUAAUUAAGAAACUAAAUACCUUUGAUAGAGAAGGUUGUUGUUUGUUUGUUUGGGGUGGUUAUCUUAUUGCGAUGGAUAAGAUGACGAUUUCUUCCUCACCGGAGGAACCAGAAGAACAUGAUAACGACGCCAGUUUAGCGGAGAUUGAUAAGGCGGCUGCAAAAGUGCUGCAGGGUUACGACUGGUCUGUUGUGUCCAAUACGAAAAAAUCGUCGCAGUCGAAUCCAGCCAAUGGACACGUCAAACGUCCCAUGAACGCGUUUAUGGUUUGGGCGAAAGCUGCCCGGCGUCGCCUCGCGGAACAAUACCCUCAACUUCACAAUGCAGAAUUGAGCAAAAGUCUUGGCAAAUUGUGGAGACUGUUGAGCGAAACGGAGAAAAGGCCCUUUAUUUUGGAAGCGGAACGACUCCGGAGUGAGCACAAGCGACAACACCCCGACUACAAGUACCAACCACGAAGGAGAAAGCAACGGGUUGACAAACAAUUGGAGAAAGUUAGUUGCUCUUCUGCCGUAGUUUUUAGAUCUACCAAAAGUCCCGACUCCUGCGACCAGAGCAAUCCCUCCCCCAUUCCACCCACACCACCCACCACCCCGAAAAUCGAACCUGGCUACAACUCCCUCCCUCCCACUGGAAAAGCUGCUAAGAGAAGCUCCAAACACUUGAAUCAGUCCCCCUCCGGAGGAGGUCACUCCUCGUCACCCAUUCUGCACUCAAACACAACUCCCAACUCGGACAGUUCUCCCCCAAUCCCCAUCGUGGGGACGGAUUGGGAGCACUACAACACUUUGCGCCAUCACAGCUUCAGCCACCACAGUCACCACCACCCUCACCCCAACCACCACCAUCACUACUCCAGCUCUCUCGGGUCCCUCGGCUCGGCCGGGUCGUCGGGAGGGUCGUCGUCUUCUGCAGCCUUGUUGUACUCGUCGCCCUCUUCGACCAGUUCGGCCGGCUCGUCUCUCGUCCUCGCCCAGUCGUCGCCUUCUUCUUCGGGAAGCGGGGGGUCUUCCGGUGGUGCGAAUCACCACCACCACAACCACCACGGACUGGGGACCAUGGUCAACGGGGGAGGAAUGGAGCUCGGCGGAGGGGGUGGUGGGAUGAGCCACAGUCUAGGAUCGUCUGGAGGGGGACCUUCUACCCCCAGCGGAUCGUCCUCCUCCGCCACGACGAAUCCCAUCCUCUUGACGAGUAUGAAGUUGGAUUCGAACGGAAAUUCGGCAGGGGAGCAGCAGCAGGGUUUGUUUAAAUCUGAGAGUUUGCCCAACUACCCGUCCCAUCAUCACCAUCACGGAUUGCCGACCGAGUUCCAGCUCCAGAAUCCGGGCGUGACCUAUAUGCACGACCCGCACGUGCACCCUUCCAACUAUCAACAUUACUUUGCGCCGGGUGGGUUUGUCGAAAACUGGGGAGGUUUUCAUGGUGGGUAUUUGUAGGGAAGGGUAAAUAUUUAAAUUAUAGGGAAUUUAUUUGUAUGAAAUUUUGUGUCCCUCGCGUCUUUUAUGCCUAGUUUUAGUUACAUAUUUUAUACAAUUAGUUUUUAGUUGGUGGACAAAGAAAGUGCGUACCAUAAAAAAUAGUCGGCAUAUGAAUAAGUUAGGCCGACCUGUGUACGGUACAUAAUAUGUAAAUAUGUACAUAGUAUAUGUAGUUUUAUUACAGAAAAUGCAACGAUUUAUCACAGCGAAGAUGAAUGACAAUUAAUGAUCACAACGUGGAAUUUAAGUGCCUUAAAACUUUUUACAACCGUGAUACAUAUAAUUCUCCAACUAGAUAAUCACUUAUCUACUAUUCUAAUCAAUUUUAAGAUAUUUACUAUUUACACUAUGAAUAUGAUGUUUCCCGUUUGAAAAUCGACCUGCAGAAGAAAAGUCAAAAAAUUCAAAAAAUUUGUAUAAUUUCUUCACAAUUUUGUAUGGGGAGUAAAAUGAUUUUCUGUCGUAGCUGUGCUUUCUAGGAAAAAAAUAUAGUCGUGAUUUUUUUGCAGGUCGAUUUUCAUACGUGUUUCCAUUUUCCUAAUUAAAUUUAGCACACUACAAAUAAUUUAGUAUAAGAAAAUAUUAUCCUGUAUUUAAUACAUGUACAGUUUAUGUAUGUCUGCCUGGGUUGUGCCGUGUUGUGUCGUGUCUCUUAUCAUCAUCCGUAAUGAAAAUGGAUACUCGUAUUAAUAUUGUUCCGCUAUUAUUAUCAUUAUUAAAUAUUACAUACUUAUGUACGUGUCAGUGAAAAUAAUAUUUUAUUAUGUCACCAUUACCAUUAAUUAACUAACUUUACCCAUUAAAAUAUCAAGUUAGCCAUUACUUAUUACCAUUAAAUUAGAGACAAUCGAAAGUGUUGUUCUGUUCUGCUAAUAAGCUUUGUACUUAAUAAUUCGUGUUCAUUCAUUAUUAAUAAAACAAGAGCAACACAGCAACAAAA